AUGACUCGACUUCUGCUUAUCUUCUCUGCUGUAAUAGCUGUGGCGAUAGCGAUACCGGCCCCUGGAUACCAUGUGGUACACUCAGCACCGCUUCUGCACGCUCCCAUAGUCCACCACGCUCCUAUAUACCACGCCCCAAUUGUUCACCACGCUCCAAUAUACCACCAUGCACCUAUUGUCCACUCAGUGCCAGUACAUCACCCAGUUGUGAAAUAUAAGGUAGCUUUCUUCGCCCUUGUAGCAGUUGCGAGUGCUGGAGUGAUCGCCCCUAUCGUCCCAGUGGCCCACCCUGUUGUCCAUCAUGUCGCCCCAGUGGUGCCCGUAGCCUCAGUCCACUCAGCGGUGGUACACCACAGACCACUCGUCCACGCACCAGUUGUCCACGCACCUUUGGUCCACGCACCAGUUGUUCACGCGGCCCCAGUUGUACCUAUCGUUAAACACCAUGCACCCAUUCUUUUACAUCAUUGA